CCUAAUGUUAUUCUUAUUUGAAUAAUAAUUAUUAUCAUUAUUAUUUCUAUAUUCUUUUUCUUAUUAUUGUUUAAUAAUAGUACCGCUAUCAUUAUUAAUAGUAUCAUCGCUGCUCUUGUUGUUGUACAUUGAGUUUGAGUAGUAAUCCGGAAAAGUGUCUGUGCAUAAUGUCUCAUUGAAAUUCAGUGAUGAGAAUUCAAAUCUUUUCUCCCGGCAUGUUUUCCCGGCAUGCUUUGUGGCAUUUUGCCCCCCCAUGCAACACCUCCUCUGCACAAUUCUGUAUAACUGUCUACCACAAGAGGGCACUCACAGACCACCCAACUUCACUGCAAACGCUGCAAACCCAUUUGCUAGGGUGCUGUACAUACGAUUAGAUAUUUGAGUCCGGUGUGAAAAAGCUUUACUAGAAAGACGACGUUAUUAAUAAGAGGAAGAUAGGAGGAAGAGGAUAAGAGGAAGAGGGAAUUGAAAACAGUGCAUGUAGCUGAACAUAGGACACAGUCUCACAGCAUCAGCAUCAGAUCUGAAACAACUUUUUGAGGCAGACACCAAUUGCCUUUUGAGAAGAGUGUGUAAUUGUAAUAUUGUUAAUUUUUUGUUCUAAUACUUUCCACUUAAUUAAAGCAGCAAUCUGUGAUGUAAAGGUUGCACACAAAGAGUUGCCCUGUCACUAAAUCUGACUGACAAAAUUGCCAUCACCCCUUAACUGAUGAUCAGAUGCUUUUAUGAUGGUACUGGAUUAUGACUAAAUUUAUAUUAUCAUUGCUUGUAUUAAGAUUUGUUUACAUCACAAAGGAGUAAAAACAUAGCUUUAUAUCUGCACACUUUCAUGCUCACUUUUCAUCGACUGCUCUGCUCAAACGCUUCACUUUAUAGGCCCUAUGUGAAUCUAUGUUGUAAAAAGAUAUUGUUGGAGCCCUUAAAAUAUAAUCUGUAUGUAGGUGUGAAACUCUCACAUACUUAAGGCCACAAGUUAGUGUUUUGUUUUGAUGUGUUAACCUUUGAAGUUAUUUUGUCAACAUUUCAGGCAAAGGUUGUGAAGUGUAGGCUGCUGAUAAGGAUCUCACAGUCACACUGAGGGACGUGCAGGAAGUGACAGCUGCACUUCUGUUUCUGUGGCUCUCAAGUCAUUAGGGGACUAGUGACUUGAAGACAGUUCGUUCAUCACUGCUCAUUGUGUCCAUCAAGAUCUGGCCAGAGAAAUAAGGAGUCCUGAAGCGCAGCCGCUGACUUUACCUGAAAGGAGGAGGCCUCACUGAGAUAUCACCAUGUCAGAUGAUGGAGAAAAUGCCACCACCCAAGAGUACUAUGAUUACUCAGGCUAUUAUGAUGGAUUUCCUCCAGUCUUCGCUCCUUGCAACGUUGCUGAUUUGAAAAAUUUCGGCGAAGUGUUUCUGCCCACUCUCUACAGCUUGGUUUUCAUCCUUGGCUUCUUAGGCAAUGGCCUAGUGGUGUGUGUCCUGGUGUAUUACCGCAACCAGACCAACCUGACAGACAUCUGCCUCUUUAACCUGGCCAUCUCCGACCUCCUCUUCGUCCUCACGCUGCCUUUCUACGCUCACUACUCUGUGGUCGGUCAGUGGACUUUAGGAGACUUCAUGUGCCGUUUUGCCGCGGGCUCCCACAAAACUGGCUUCUUCAGCAGCAUCUUCUUCAUGGUUGUCAUGACGCUGGACCGUUACAUGGUCAUCCUGCACACUCGCUCAAUGGCGCGUUAUCGCACUCUGAGAGCAGGAGUUGCUGUGAGCUUGCUGGUCUGGAUGCUGAGCUUGUGCGUCUCUUUGCCAGAUAUCAUCUACACAAAAGUGACAAAUGAGUCUCACGGGCUGGCUUGUAGCUACGUCCCUGAAAAUGACUCCUGGAAGAUCUAUAACAUCUUCUCAAUAAAUGUGUUGGGUCUCGUGAUCCCCUUGUUGGUGAUGGUCAUCUGCUACACCAGAAUCAUCCCCAUACUGGUGAACAUCAGGAGUGCAAAGAAGCACCGUGUUAUCAAGCUGAUCAUCACCAUAGUUGUCGCCUUUUUCUUAUUCUGGGCCCCAUAUAACAUCAUUCUUUUCUUGGGGUUCCUGAAAUCUGAGGGUGUAUUGCAGAGCAGCUGCAACAUUGAAGGGAAUUUAAGGCUGUCAGCCAUAGUGACUGAAACGUUUGCUUAUACCCACUGCUGCCUGAACCCCAUCAUAUAUGCCUUUGUGGGACAGAAGUUCAUGAAACGAGCCCUUCAGCUGUUGAGAAAAUGGGUGCCUGUGAUUAACUUCACCUUCCCCAGAGAUUUCUCAGACAGCUCAUACAGGAAAAGCUCAGUUGUUUCCAGGUCCUCUGAUGCCACCUCCACUUUCAUCAUGUAGGAGGUGGAGGGCAGAUUAUGUUGUAUAUGUUGUGCUUUAUGGACAUCACCUGCUGAGUCGACAUGUUUUUAUCCACGUGACCUUGUUAUUAGGCUACUGCUGCUACUGCUGACCAUAUUAUAAUUUUUCAUGCUGCAUGAUUUCUUUUGUCAGCCUUAUUCAACACAUAAUCUUAAAAAGCUGCCUGAAGGCUGCCUGUAGCUAUAUAUUAUUUACACCUUAGACUUAAGACUCUUUUAGUUUUAUUUGCACUUUGAAUUUGCACUAAAAUAUUUGUUUUGACAAGGGCUGCACAAUAUAUUGUUUUCCUCUUUUGAUAUUGGAUGAUAAACACAUUGCAAAAUAUUUGACUUUUAAUAAACUAAUGUUUUAAACUACAGUCUGUCUGCAGUCCCAAUUUUGUCUAAUAUAUGGCCAUGCUGUUAACUCUCUGGCCAAUCAGACAGAGCCCUCCCUGUUAGGCAUCUUCUGAUUAGUUAUAAUCCACAUGCAUGCCAAAGUUGAGUGCGGACGCAAAUGCAAAUGCCAGAGAUGAGCUGGUACCCACAAAACAGCACGUCUGGCAAUAUUUUAGAUACAGGAGAGAUGACGAUACACAAGCACAGCUGCUGUCCAAGUCAAGAAUUGAGCACACUUUAAAGGUCCAGUAUGUCAUCUGCAGCAAGGUUGAAGAACUGAAACUGUGUGUGCCAAGCGUGCGUGCCAAAUUACAGUGGCGGAUGUCAAAAUGUGCAAUCAAGAAUGGCCCUAACUAGAGUCCGUUGAUUUGUCUGUUUUGGGCUACUGUAGAACAACAUGGCAGACUCUGGCAGAGGAGCUGCUUCGUAUGUAGAUGUACACGGCUCAUUCUAAGGUAACAAAAACACAACAAUUCUUAUUUUCAGGUGAUUAUCAACUAAAAAAAACAUAGUUAGGAAUAUUAUAUACCAUUUCUGCCCAUAGAUGCCCCUAAAUCCUACACACUGGUCCUUAAUAUCUGUCUAUUUAUAAUAUCGUUACCAGGAUAUUCAACAAUGCUAUUACAUAUCACAUAUUUUUCCUGAUAUCAUGCAGCCCUAGUUUUGACCAUAAGAUGUCAGAUGUGUAAUCCAGUCAAGUGUAAAUGCAAUGCAAAUCAAGCAACACCAUCUACUGUAUGAUCUCAGAUAUUUGCUAAAUGCUUUGCAAGGCUCCUCCUCUUCCUGCUUAACACUGACUGAAACCAUGAGCCUCUUGUUUGUAACGGCCUGAAACCACAAAGUUUGUUUAUGUGUGCCUGAGGUGUUUAAAACUUUCACACAUGAGUUAAUAAGCCUGCAAGUUAAAAAAACAACAACAUUCACACUGUAUGGAAAAGUUACCAUUUAUGAUGAAACCAAAUACUCUUACAACAUGGAACUGUUUUUCUUAAUUUCCUGUGGAAAAAGUGUUUCAUUCAAAUGUUGGAUGAUGAAUGAAAGCCACAAAGCUGAAAACACGGGCUUAUCUGUCACCGUUUGCACAUUCAGAUGUCAUUAUUAAUCAAAGUUUGGCUCAUCAUAAACAUCUGUAAUUUGUCAUAUAUUUUCUUGAUAGUGUUUUAUGCCUCACAUUUGUACAUAUGUACAGUAUAUUGCAAAUUUAUUUCUUCUGUUUUCAUACUGAAUAUAUUCUUUUUUUGUCUUGUUUUUUUUACUGCCAUUUCAGAUGUUACUUGUACAAAAUCCACAUAUUUUCAUGCAUUUAUUCUCAUAUGUCAGAUUUAUGCUCUUGUUUAAGCCUUUCUGUUUAUAAUCAUGUUAUGGAUUGUUGUUGUAGUGGUUUAGUUUGAUGAUUAUUAAAGUCUCUCUAUAUGAGUACCAAACAGUUAUAUGCUAUAUU